AUGGUGAAGAUCUCUUUCACUUCUCCCAUCGGAGGGAAGAGCCCGAAGGAGGGCCACAGCCUGGUGACCGAGGAGGACCCGGAAGUCGCCACUCAUGUCGCAGAGCGGCGCUCCAGCGGGCAGUGUCUGCUCAUGCUCCUGGGAUUGUCCUUCAUCCUCGCUGGGCUGAUUGUGGGCGGAGCCUGUAUUUACAAGUUCUUUAUGCCGCGGCACAAGGUGUUGGAGGGUCACCUCUCCUAUAUGGACAGUUCCAAUGUGAAGGAGCCGUAUUACCUCCCUGUGACUGAGGAGGCCGACAUCCACGAGGAGGACAACGUGGCCUUCAUCAACGUCCCGUGUGCCGAGCUUCGCUGAAGGAGACUCCGCCGCCAUCGUCCACACUUCUUCGACAGGCUCCUGACGGCCUAUCUGGACCUUCAAAUUCAGAAAUGUUACGUCAUCAAUCUGAACACAUCGGUGGUCCUGCCCCCGCGGAGCCUGCUUGACCUCUUCAUGAAGUUGGCGUCUGGAUCCUACCUGCCCCAGACCUACCUGGUGAGCGAGGAGUUGGUGGUGACGGAGAAGAUCGAUGACUUGUCUGAGCUGGGGAUCUUCAUCUAUCAGCACUGCGUGGGGAGGGACACCUACCGGCUGCAGCGCCGGGACCAGAUCGCUGGACUCCAGAAGCGAUCGGCUGAGAUGUGCCGCAGCAUCCUUCACUUCGGGAACAACUUCGUGACUCAGACUUCCAUCUGUGAGCUGUGA